GUAGGGUAGGCCAAGAAAAAAUUCUUCCGCAAAGUAUCGGGUAGGAAGACAGAAGACUAUAUUUUCUAACCGUAGGGUAGGGUAGGGUGAACACCCCUACUCAAGGUAUGUUGACUCUCAUCCUUUUUGCCCAAACAAAGUUGAAAUUGGAUUCUGUAUAUGGAUUGUGUACUGCAUCUGUAUCUGGAUUUCGGUAAACCUGGUGUAAAAUAUGAAGUAUGUGGUUCAUAAGGUUCCAUAUUUUGGUUAUAUUUCUUGUUAUUCGGUCUAAGGGAGCCUGAUCAUUCAUAGUUGUUGAUCUGAUGGUAGUGUUGCAUGAUAUUUUUUAUUUGUUUUAACUAUCCUUAACAUGAUAAUGGGAAGCAGAUUGCCUUUCGUUGUAGCAGGCAUAGUGUAUAUUUUGAUUACUUCAUUGGAUUUUAUUUUCAUUUGCUAUUUUAUAUCCCACCUGAUUUUUUUUUUCAAUAGUCAUAUUUGGACUUUUUGAUUAUUAUACAGAGGGGAUGGAUGUACAGCCGUGCAUCAGACUCAUAUGACUAACUGAAUAUUUGAUUCCUUCCCUAUCUCUUUUCUUAUUCUGCUAUUCUCCUCCUACUUAUCUUCUUAUCUUCAUUUCUUCUUCUUUCAACAUGGAUCAUUGUGGUGUCAAAGCUUCAGUUUAUACUAGUUGGUACCAGAGCUUCGAUCUCCAUCAGUUGACAGCUGAUGUCAGAGCUUUGAUUUAUAUCAAAUCAUUGCAUGCCUGUUUGAAACAAGUGAUAUAAUCUUCUAUUCGGUUUAUUUAACAUCUUAUAUUUGCUUUAAAUGCUUUUAUUCUGUUUUGUAGUUGCAAAGUUUUCUUAUGGGUAACUUAAUCUGCUAGUUUUUUUGUAGUGCCCUAAUUAUUUUUAUAUAUAAGGUUCAUAAUGACUUUUUGCGUUUCUUGCUUUUUCUUGUACACUAAGACUGUAAAGGCUAUCUUUUGCCUCCUCCAUAUAAUGUUCUUGGGCUUUAACUGGGCUCUCUAACAGGCUUCUGAAGAUGAUUCUUCAAACAUAGCAAAGUGGCCAAUAGAUCAGAAGUUGCAUUCAGACUUAGCAUAUCAACUCUCCUCUAGGUUUCACGAAGACCAAAUUAACUGUGUGGAUUUACUGGAUUCACUGGAGCCUUUACAUACGCAUCCUGCUGAGCAAAAUAAGCAUCCAAUUCGAAAUGGUCCUCAAAUACAGCUUAUGCAUGAAGAAAGUGGAUAUUCUCUGAAAUUGGAUUUGGAGAAGAACUAUCAGAGUAUGGAGAGCAAAACCGAUUAUUCAGCUUUGAAACAGCCUUUGUUAGAUGGUGUUCAAAGAGAAGGUCUGAAGAAGCUUGACAGCUUUGACCGAUGGAUGAGUAAGGAACUUGGAGACGUAAACCAAUUACAUACCCAGGCUAGUUCUGAAUCCUACUGGGAUACUGUUGGAAGUGAAGAUGGAGUUGGUGAUUCUAGUAUUGCCCCGCAGGAGCACUUAGACACCUAUAUGCUGGGUCUUUCUCUCUCUCAGGAUCAGCUCUUUAGCAUUAUUGACUUCUCACCUAAUUGGGCAUUUGCUGGGUCGGAAGUCAAGGUUUUAAUUAUGGGGAGAUUCUUAAUGAGUCGGCAAGAUGUGGAGAAGUGUAAAUGGGCAUGUAUGUUUGGGGAACUGGAAGUUCCAGCAGAAGUCAUAGCAGAUGGUGUUCUCCGUUGCCAUACACCCCUUCACAAAGCUGGAAAGGUUCCUUUCUAUGUAACGAGUUCCAAUAGGUUAGCAUGUAGUGAAGUGCAAGAAUUUGAAUAUCGAGUUAGUACUGUUCAAGAUAUGGAUUUUGCAGACAUAAAUACUAGUGAAAAUCUUCUUCAUAUGCGAUUUGCAAAGUUAUUGUCUCUGGUAUCGGUCCCCAGCAAUGUGGAUGAUAAUUCUGUAGUUAGCGAUAAAAUCAAUUCAAUAAUGAAAGAGGACAACAAUGAGUGGGACCAAAUGUUAAAGCUCACAACUGAGGAUGAGUUCUCUGUAGAAAAAGUAAAGGAGCAAUUGCUACAAAAGCUGCUAAAAGAGAAAUUGCAAGUAUGGCUCCUUCACAAGGCUGCUGAAGGUGGAAAAGGCCCUGGUGUAUUGGAUGAGGGUGGCCAAGGUGUGUUGCAUUUUGCAGCUGCUCUGGGUUAUGACUGGGCCAUACCACUGACAGUAGCAGCAGGUGUUAGUGUCAAUUUUCGUGAUGUGAAUGGAUGGACCGCACUCCAUUGGGCAGCAUCUUGUGGCAGAGAGCGGACAAUUGGUUUCCUCAUCUCUUUAGGUGCAGAUCCUGGGGCGGUGACAGAUCCUACGCCAAUAUAUCCUUCAGGCAGAACACCGGCAGACCUAGCGUCUAGCAAUGGACACAAAGGAAUUGCAGGUUAUCUUGCAGAAUCUGCCUUGAGCUCCCACCUAUUGUCCCUUGAGCUGAAGGAUGCCAAUGAGGGUGAUGAUGGAGAAAUUUCUAUAGGAAAAGCUGUGCAAACAGUCACUGAACGGACUGCAACUCCAGUCAGUGGUGGGGACUUGCCACAUGGGUUGUCAUUGAAAGAUUCUUUAGCUGCCGUCUGUAACGCUACCCAAGCUGCUGCUCGCAUUCAUCAAGUCUUCAGGGUGCAGUCAUUCCAACAGAAGCAGCUGAAAGAGUACGGUGAUGGCAAAUUUGGAAUGUCGGAUGAGCGUGUUCUUUCACAUAUUGCUAUGAAGACGAACAACACAACACAACAUGCUGAGCCGGUGCAUGCGGCUGCAGUACGAAUACAAAAUAAGUUCCGCAGUUGGAAGGGCAGAAAAGAGUUUUUGAUUGUCCGGCAGCAAAUUGUCAAAAUUCAGGCCCAUGUAAGAGGCCACCAGGUGAGGAAGAAUUAUAAGAAAAUAGUAUGGUCUGUAAGUAUUCUGGAGAAGGUAAUUUUGCGCUGGAGGAGAAAAGGAAGUGGCUUGCGUGGAUUCAAAUCAGAUGCUCUCACUGAUGGCCACAGCAUGCAAGAUGUCUCAUCAACGGAAGAUGACUAUGAUUUUCUGAAAGAAGGCAGAAAGCAAACAGAAGAAAGGUACCAAAAGGCUCUUGCUAGGGUGAAGUCCAUGGUUCAGUAUCCAGAAGCAAGAGAUCAAUACCGUAGGCUUUUGAACGUUGUGUCAGAGAUGCAGGAAACUAAGACUCUGUAUGAUCGGGUUCUGAACAGUUCAGAAGAGGCAGCUAAAUUUGAUGAUGAUUUGGUUGGUCUUGAAGCAUUUUUAGGAGAUGAUACCCUCGUGACAAACAGCAUCUUAAGUUAAGCCCUCACAUCGAUCCUCUCACGAAACUGCUCAUUUAUCUGUCUGUCAACUGGUGGUAAAGCUGUAUCAUAGGUUGCGCUAAUGUUCAUUGGUAAAUUUGAUUCAAUCGAUGUAGCCAUCCUGUAUGUCUGUGAAGUUGAUAGUAUUUAUAGAAGGUGGUGGCGAUGCCAAAAUGUAAAGCUUGCUUCUGUGUGUUGGUUUUUGGUGGGUAUGCUUGUAUAUCUGUGUGUGGAUGUUGCUUCUACUGUAAGUAUAGUAAUACUGGAUGGAUGGUGCUUUUACUGUAAUUAUAGUAAUUCUUGUGAUGACUCAUACUAUAUGGUCCGUAAGAACACGACACCUACGUAUAAACUAGUUUAUUUGUAUGGAAACUAAGGGUUAUCCGUGUUUGAAGGUAUGGU